CGUUAGGCGGGGCGGGGGCUGUUGUCGUUGCUGUCGUCGGACUGGACGCUAAGACUCUUUCACAUCAGUCACACUCGGAUUAAAUCUCGCACACAUUUGCACCAGCAGCUCAGUGAAGGAUCCGACUGUCGGCUGUUUUUUUCUUCCGUCCGCUGCUGUGUCGAGUCGCCAUGGGGAACUGUUUGACCGUGGGUCCAAACGAGGCUCUGGUGGUCUCUGGUGGUUGUUGUAGCUCUGCUGAAAAGACCUAUGUCGUUGGAGGCUGGGCCUGGGCUUGGUGGCUCCUCUCAGACACCCAAAGGAUAACCCUUGAGAUCAUGACUCUGCAGCCCCGAUGUGAAGAUGUGGAGACAGCAGAGGGGGUAGCCAUUACUGUCACGGGGGUGGCUCAGGUGAAAGUCAUGACAGAGCAGGACUUGCUGGCAGUGGCCUGUGAGCAGUUUCUGGGUAAAUCAGUGAUGGAAAUCAAAGCUGUGGUUCUGCAGACUUUAGAGGGACAUCUGCGCUCCAUUCUAGGUACCCUGACUGUAGAGCAGAUCUAUCAGGACAGGGACCAGUUCGCUAGACUGGUGAGGGAGGUAGCAGCUCCAGAUGUGGGCAGGAUGGGGAUUGAGAUUCUCAGCUUUACUAUUAAGGAUGUGUAUGAUAAACUGGAUUACCUGAGCUCCCUUGGGAAGACCCAGACUGCAGCCGUCCAAAGGGAUGCAGACAUUGGUGUGGCUGAAGCAGAGAGGGAUGCUGGGAUACGGGAAGCAGAAUGUAAGAAGGAGAUGAUGGACGUCAAAUUCCUGGCUGACACCAAGAUGGCCGACUCCAAACGAGAACUGGAGCUGCAGAAGGCUUCCUUCAACCAGGAGGUCAACACGAAGAAAGCAGAAGCCCAGCUGGCGUACGAGCUGCAGGCAGCCAAGGAGCAGCAAAAGAUCCGUCUGGAGGAAAUUGAGAUCCAAGUGGUGCAGAGGAAGAAACAGAUCGCCAUUGAGGAGAGAGAGAUCGACCGGACUGACAAGGAGCUCAUUGCUAUUGUCAAGAGGCCCGCUGAGGCUGAGGCCUACAAAAUGCAGCAGCUGGCUGAGGGGCAGAAGAUGAAAAAGGUGCUGAUCGCUCAGGCAGAGGCAGAGAAGAUCAAGAAGAUCGGUGAGGCGGAGGCUUCCUCGAUUGAGGCAGUUGGCAAGGCAGAGGCUGAGAAGAUGAGACUGAAGGCAGAGGCCUACCAGCAGUACGGAGAGGCAGCUAAGACUGCCCUGGUCCUCGAGGCCCUGCCCAAGAUUGCGUCCAAGGUGGCAGCUCCAUUAGCUAAGACCGACGAGAUUGUCAUCCUGAGUGGGGAGGGCAGCCGUGUGACGGGUGAGGUGAACCGCCUUUUGGCUGAACUUCCUGUGUCUGUCAAUGCUCUCACUGGAGUGGAUUUGACAAAGAUCCCUUUGCUGCAGAAGAUAACCGGUACUACAGCCUGAAAACCGAUGACUCCACAUGACUCCAGUAUCUGUUGUAUGCACUCAUAGACUGCCUUUAAUACACUUGAAAAAUUUUGUUGUUUUAUACAUAUAUACUGUAUACCAAGUGAAUUUUGGAAACCUCUGGUGCCUUACUUUAUACAGGACCAGAAAAUCUGCAUGCACUGCUGCUCAUUCAAAUAAUUUUUAUUUAAUUUUAACAUGGGAACAUUUUGUGUUGGUUUUUUUUGUGUUGUUUUUUUGUUUUUUUGGGCCAACUGUAUAUAUUGGCCUGUUUGUAUGAAAGGUCAUUGAAGAGGAGAGCUAAUAUUAAACAGGUGUACCAGUUGAUCACCUGCAGACUCUCACCCAGGUUAUAUUAUCAUGUGAACUGACAGCUGAUGUUAACACCUAUUCUUUGGUAUUUAUACAUCGGGGCUCUGCUUUUUCAAACAACAAGGCUUCUGCUCUCACUUUUUACCCUCCGUUAGCUGUAGGUCUUUGUGUCGAUUUAUAUACCUCUUCCUUUACUGUAAGACACAUCUGCAUUCCCUAGAUAAUCUGAAUCUUUUCUUGUUAAUUGUAGAGCUUUAUUUGUAUUGUACAUGUUGUAAUUUAUAACUAUCAAAAGUUAUUCAGGUCAGGUUAUUUUAUGUCCCAGUGACUGAUUUUUACAAUGUAACAAAGGUGCUCACAAUCCUAAAAGAAGCCCCUUUUAUUGUGGAAAUCGCCAUUUAAAUUUUUUCCAUCUGCAGAGUUUUCUACAGAUUUUGUCCACUGGAAGAAGUUUCAUUCUCUGCAAACUGUUGAUAUCAGGCAUGAUACAUAAUGAUGAUUAUUUAUAUGCUGACAGAAAAACAGGAAGCAAAUUUUGAUCUUGUGCUGAUAUGGUUAAGUUGUGAUGUGGUCCUUUAAUAUUUAAAAUGGUUGUGCUUUGGCAUUAAUUAAGACUGAAAAAUCUGUUGGUGUUAAAAACAGAGGGUAAAAACGACUGACUCGAGUCAGACAUGUUUAUAUUGUGAAAAAAGCUUAAUGUGAAUAGAUUCUUAAAAUGAAAGGCUAAACAGCGAUGCCAAAUAGAAUAGAUUGUCUUUCCAUUUUUAUCAUGCCAGGACAAGAGUCUUGGGAUACUGCAUAGUUUAUCUGACUUUGAUGUUUAAUUUCAUACUACAGAUACAGUGGGGCAAAAAAGUAGUCAGCCAGCAAUUGUGCAAGUUCUCCCACUUAAAAGAUGAGGUCUCCAAUUUUCAUCAUAGGUAUAUGAUGAAAGAGAAAAAUGAGAGAGAAAAAAAAAAAUCCAGAAAAUCACAUUGUCAGAUUUUUAAGAAACCCUUUGUUGGCAGUGACAGAGGUCAAACGUUUUCUGUAAGUCUUCACAAGGUUUUCACACACUGUUGCUGGUAUUUUGGCCCAUUCCUCCAUGCAGAUCUCCUCUAGAGCAGUGAUGUUUUGGGGCUGUUACUGGGCAACACAGACUUUCAACUCCCUCCAAAGAUUUUCUAUGGGGUUGAGAUCGGGAGACUGGCUAGGCCACUCCAGGACCUUGAAAUGCUUCUUACGAAGCCACUCCUUCGUUGCCCAGGCGGUGUGUUUGGGAUCAUUGUCAUGCUGAAAGACCCAGCCACGUUUCAUCUUCAGUGUCCUUGCUGAUGGAAGGAGGUUUUCACUCAAAAUCUCACAAUACAUGGCCCCAUUCAUUCUUUCCUUUACACAGAUCAGUCGUCCUGGUCCCUUUGCAGAAAAAACAGCCCAAAAGCAUGAUGUUUCCACCCCAAAUGCUCUCUAGCAAACUUCAGAUGGGCCUGGACAUGUACUGGCUUAAGCAGGGGGACACGUCUGAUACUGCAGAUUUGAGUCCCUGGCGGCUUAGUGUGUUACUGAUGGUAGCCUUUGUUAGUUUGGGCCCAGCUCUCUGUAGGUCAUUCACUAGGUCCCCCCGUGUGGUUCUGGUUCUCGUGAUCAUUUUGACCCCACGGGGUGAGAUCUUGCGUGGAGCCCCAGAUCGAGGAAGAUUAUCAGUGGUCUUGUACGUCUUCCAUUUUCUAAUAAUUGCUCCCACAGUUGAUUUCUUCACACCAAGCUGCUUACCUAUUGCAGAUUCAGUCUUCCCAGCCUGCUGCAGGUCUACAAUUUUGUUCCUGGUGUCCUUUGACAGCUCUUUGGUCUUGGUUAUAGUAGAGUUUGGAGUCUGACUGUUUGAAGUUGUGGACAGGUCUUUUAUACUGAUAACGAGUUCAAACAGAUGCCAUUAAUACAAGUAACGAGUGGAGGACAGAGGAGCCUCUUAAAGAAGAAGUUACAAGUCUGUGAGAGCCAGAAAUCUUGCUUGUUUGUAGGUGACCAAAUACUUAUUUCACCGAGGAAUUUACCAAUUAAUUCAUUAAAAAUCCUAUGAUUUCCUGGAUUCUCCCCCCCCCCAUUCUGUCUCUCAUAGUUGAAGUGUACCUAUGAUGAACAUUACAGGCCUCUCUCAUCUUUUUAAGUGGGAGAACUUGCACAAAUGGUGGCUGACUAAAUACUUUUUUGCCCCACUGUAUCUGUAAAUGCUAAGCCAUGUUUGUGUGUCAACAAACCAAACAUUUUCACAGAAACAGACUUUCUGUUCAAUGUGUGUACAUGUCUGUACUGAUUUGUUUUAAUAACGGUCACAUCAAUUAUAGAAUGAUAUUUUAGCAGAGUACUUUUAACUUAUUAAAACAUGUUUGAUCUGUUUUAAUAAGUGAUAUUGCUGUUUGUAAAUGGUCACAGUGCUUUGUUGUUUUGGGGUUAAAUGCACCAAAUGUAAAGUUCCAGUGCAGCAGUACACAUGAUCUGAUGCUCAGUUAACUCAAUAUCUGAAUUAAACUAGUCUGACACUGAUGUUCAAACCUCAUAUCUCAAGCAGAUAAAACAACAAAUACACUGGUACUUUUAUGUCUGAGCGUAAUGACACAGAAUUUACAGAGGACUGUUAUUAUUGUUGAUAAUAUUUUUUUUUAAUACCAAUUGCACAUCCUCAGUUGAUUUAUGUUUGUAUCAUUUUUUGCUGAUAUAGUGACUUGAUAAAUACUGUGACCAUAUUGAUUUGUUUUUGGCAAGCAAAUAUUUGAACUUCAGAUGUGAUCAGUAUAUAAACUUAACUCUAACUUGUCUGUCUUUGAUGUUUUUGUGAAAUUCUGACAUAUUUGUGUUAUAUUCCUAAUGUUAUUUACAACACGUACACUGUCUCAAAUGGCCAUGAGUUCCUGUAUGCUCUUGCUGCAUGUCAUCCAUCUGUACUCUGAAUAAUCAGUCCACUCUGAGCUAAUUGUCAUUCUAAUAAAUCAAAAUGUCAUAAUUUA